AUGUCUGAGCACUCGAGCUCUCCGACUGCACCACGACAGGAUGCGGUGAGCCAGCUCCGCGAUGACCGGGACGCCCUACGACUUCUUUCCAGAUCACCACACCCCUACCACCGGCAGAAGUCGGAGCUUCUCGAGCCUUCAGGCAGCAUCUCAAGCUCCACGACUGCGCGAUCCGCGCCGCAGCACAAUGGGGAUGAUUACCAUAUUCGAAGUCGCACAUCCUUUCCCGCCGUCUCCCGUGAUACCACCCCAACGAGCGAUAGUGGUACCGAAGCCGACGACGAACACUUUUUGAAGGGCCUUCCGGCACCAAGAACCAAAUUACACAAGGGUCUGCGUGGGCGCAACGAGCUCUUGUCGGGAACUUCAUCUCCGUUCCCUUCUCCGGCGUAUCUAGAAGACGAGGCAAGGCGCAACUCUUACAUCACGGCCGAGUUCAAGAAGGAAUCGAAAGCAGAAAAAGAGCGACAAUCCAGGGCCGAGACUUCCAAACGUACCAAGGUCAUCAUUCGACGGCUAACCGAAGUCGUGCUCCUUGGUUCGCUUGGGGCUAUGGUGUAUAUGGGCGAGCAUGUACGUCCAGUGCUAUACAAAUGGCGUCUAGAACUUGCUUCCACCUUGGGUGUUACUGGCAUUCUUGCGAUCUUGUAUCCUUUGCGGCUAGCAUAUUGGGGGUAUCGGCACCGGACUUCUUCACGAAAGAUACCGCUUCAACUUCCAACCUCCUUUGACCCAGCACCACUUCUCUACCCGGUGGCCAUUACACUUCUCGUUUCGUCACUUAUAUCGGUAGAUAACGACUAUGUUGUCCUUCCAAAUGCCGUCCUUGCACUUUGUGCUCUUCCUCCAGCCCUAUUCCCAAAGGUGUCAGAAGACGAAGUCGGAGGCUCUUUGCAGUGGCUGGUAUCAUGUGUACCGCUACUUAUUUCGAAAAUAAUCAGUCAUCAGUCAACUUUACUACAGGACAGUAAACCUUCUCGGGCCACGGUAUCAGCCGAGAAUAUUGUUUUGCUGUAUCCACUGCAUCGAGCUCUCUGUAUUACUCUGCAAUCCUUGACAACUACAAGUCUGUUGACUGCAGAACUUCACCUCCUCUCAGUAGCACUCAUUAACGUGCUAUUACUUUCUUGGUCCCCUCAGAUCACCAUCAUCAAGGCAAUGCUGUGGGUUGGCGGACUCGACAUUCUGGUCUUAUGUACCCGAGUCAUUCUUUGGGGAAUAGCAUUGGCUCGCGUGCCCAAAUGGCGCUUCAAACGCGACGACGCUCCUACCAAACGGUCCAGUUCAGUUUUUUCGAAAUUAAUGCCGUGGAAACGAGUUCGCCAUGACUUGUUCCAUGCGCCAAUGGAGUGUUCUUCCUGCAGCUCUUGUGAGGCUGUUGACGAUGCUGAAGAUUCCGAGAGCAUGCAAGGACUGACCCGAGUAAAAACCGCAACUCUAGACGGCUCUGAGCAGAAUGGAUCAGGAGUUCGAUUUGAUGCCGCAGAGACGAAACAACUUGGGCACCAGCGAAGACAUACGCUGCCCCACAUCAGCAAGGCGUCAAAGAGAUCGCACACACAUACUCCAUCCGGAAGGAGAAAACGUUCAGCCUCAUCGUCAGUCAGGGCAUUCUUUGCUCUCACACAGGAGCAAGCUUCCAUGAGAAAGUGGUUGUAUGCCCUCUAUGUGUACAUCUGCAUCGUGGCUGCAGUAUUUGUCCCGAAUCCGGUCUUUGGUGUCAAGGACUUUGUGCAAGAACAUGCACUUCAAGGUUUUGAGCCAGUGGGCUGGGCGUUGGGCUACUUAUUCGGAGAUCUCCCUUGGUUCAGAUGGCAAGUAAUCAGCCAUAACCUCGAAAGAUGGAUUUGCCUACCACCCCGCGCCGCUCAUAUCGAGGAACAAGUCGGCUGGGUCCAGUUUCUUCGACAAGGCGUCUUUGGAGAAGCUAAUACUCGGCUGCUUCUCAGUGGGUACUACGUCACGAUACUGGCCGCGGGACUCAUGGUUGUAUUUCAGCUGUCCCCAUUGUAUGAGGUAGACACCCGUCGAAAGGUCUUUCACUUCAUGAUGGUGGCCAUGUUUGCCCCGUCAAUUUACAUAGACCCGACGUUUGUGGCAUUGGCACUAUCCAUCAUUCUUGCAGUAUUCCUUCUGCUCGAUCUACUGCGGGCUAGCCAGCUUCCACCUUUGUCGAAGCCUCUGGCAACAUUUCUCGCCCCGUACGUCGACGGUCGGGAUCUCAGGGGCCCUGUUGUUGUUUCACACAUUUUCCUCCUGAUUGGGUGUGCAAUCCCUCUGUGGCUGUCAUUGGGCUCCCUUCCACGAUCGGGAACGGGUUACCUGACUGGUUGGGAGCUACCAACUCGCGAGGUCAGCAUGGUUGCAGGUGUGAUUUGCGUCGGCCUUGGCGAUGCAGCUGCAUCCCUCAUCGGUCGGCGUUAUGGACAUCGCAAGUGGAUAUGGGGCGGUGGUAAAAGUCUAGAAGGCAGCGUCGCAUUCGCCGUGGCCGUAUUCAUCGGUCUCAUGGCGGCAUACACCUGGCUCAGGGUGGGCGGAUGGCAUCCGAGUACCCCUUACGAUUCUAUUACUGUAACGAUAGGCAAGACGAGCGUCUGUGCUUGCGCAGCCAGCCUAACAGAGGCUGUCCUGACUGGAGGCAACGACAAUGUCAUUGUCCCAGUAAUUCUGUGGACCUGUGCCAAAGGUCUUGGCAUAUAG